CAAGUCCCAGAGUGCUUUGCGAGCGGUGAAGUUGCCUUCUGGGAGUUGUAGUCCAACAUAUCAGGGUCGUUUCCGUGUAUCUAGCCGACGUUAGUUCGCGUUAGGUGGAGGAAUCUGCUCAGCAAAAGACAAACACAUGUGAAAUUAAUGACCAGGGUUGUGUGAAUUUAUGGAAACAUGUCAAAGAAACGGGGCAGGAAGCGUAGCAGUGGAGAGCUGAGUGAGAGCUCGGCCUCCUCGACCCUGAGCCCAGACCCUGACAACCUGCUGGGCCGUAGGAUUCAGCAUACCUGGAGGGAGAAGGGAUCCGUAACCAAGUGGAAAGGCACCGUCCUGGAGCGCCUGACUGUGAACAGCUCCCUGUACAUGGUCAAAUAUGACGGCUUUGACUGCGUGUAUGGCAUCGAGCUCUUCAAAGACAACCGGGUGUCCAACCUGCAGGUGUUGACAGAAAAAGUUGUGAACAAUAAGAUCAAGGUGCCUCCUGGGGCGGAGGAGCUGGUGGGCCGUGCGGUAGAGCAUCUGUUUGAGAAGGAGGACGGUGAGAAAAACGAGUGGCGAGGCAUGGUGCUGUCUCGAGCCCCCAUCAUGACCCACUGGUACUACAUCACCUACGAGAAGGACCCGGUGCUCUACAUGUACCAGCUGUGGGACGACUAUAAGGACGGUGAUCUGCGCGUCCUGCCCGAAUCAGAGAACAAACACCUGCUGCCAGCAGACAGGAAGCCAGGUGAGGAGCCAGAGAGCCUCGUGGGUAAACAGGUGGAGUACGUCACAGAUAACGGUCUGAAGAGGACGGGCUUGGUCAUCUAUCAGGUCCCGGCUAAGCCCACGGUAUACUACAUCAAAUAUGACGAUGACGUCCACAUCCACGUCUACGAUCUGGUGAAGACCACCUAGUACUGACUGUCCUGUUUCAUCUCCAGCUGACGGCUCAUCUCUGAACCCGACCAGCCGUUACCUGUGAAAGUGUUACACAUUUCAGUUUUCCUCCAGUGGGAGGCGACGUGCCGAAGAUCAAAAGCCCCGUCUUUUUUUGUUCAAAUUUUUUUUGGCCUCCAGAGGCUUCUUUCAUUCUCACAUCACCAGACGUCUCGGUUUUUGAUUCUCAAUCUUAAAGGCACAAUGAGUAGGAUUUGUCGGUUUGCGGUUUGUAAACAUUCAAAGUUGGCCUCUCCUCCCCGGCUGAGCGAGGGUUAGGGUGCUCGCCAGCGGGUGGAAGCCAACCCCAGGUUCACUCGCGUUUUGGAUCGAGCUUUGUCCGCUUGGCGUUUGGCCUCACUAUAUUUGCGUUUUUUUGAUGCUGUGUCCGCCAUUUUCGUAGCUUCCUCUUGGAUGCGUGCUUACGAUCUGGCACCUGGUUGCUAAGUUUUUAUAGAGGUUGACGCCCAGAAGCGUCCCAGCAUAAUGUAAUGAAAAAAAUCCAGGUAGAGGGCUGCAGGGUCUCUGCAGAUACAGCCACCGCCACACACACUUCUAGUGGCUCAUAAGUGAUAAUUGAGAGGGAUUAUUUUUGUAUGAGUCUAUACAUUGUGUUUCAGGAAAAUCCUACUCACUGGGCCUUUUUUAAGUUGACCUUAAUAUGACUAUUGGGUCCUCUUCAAUGUAAAUAAAGCAGGUCUGAGACCAGUUGUAUAGCCCAGCAGAUGAAAAGGAGCUAGACAUUUCUUCUGGUUAAAUCACACUUGUAUAGCGCAACUUUCAAACUCCAAAUUCAUACUUUUUGUAAGCAACACAUCAAACUAAAACAACUCAGCUUUCUUACCUAUACCUCUGUGUUUUACUCUGUGUUUUUUCAUUUCGCUUUUAUAUGGCUGUACUAUUUAUUUCUUCUGGAAUAUCUGGCUGUGUUGCUGGUUACAUUUUGGCAAACAUGUCUGCUGUGCUUUAUGUGUGUCACUGGGUAGGCCCCAGUUUGUUGAAUAUAGAAGUCAUUUGACCAGUGUGCUAAUUUUACCAUCACACGAUUUCAGUUGAAGUGUUUAGGCAUUGAUGCGACUUGACUGUCUCAUGGAUAUAAAACACAGAUUAUUCCCAAAAAAAAGAAGAAGUCAUUUAUCAUAUUUCUGUCUCAUCAUGUAAACUGCAAGUUUUUCUACAUUAUGAUAAUAUAUGAAAAAUACUGAUGUUGAUGUCAAGUUGUUUCAGCUGUGUUUGUGCAACACACCAUUUCUGUAGUUCAAAUUGGCUCCCAAUAUUGUUUAGUAUUUUGGACUGAAGUCUUUAUUAUUUGCCAAAAAAAUGAAUGAUGUGACACGAUAUAUUCAAGCCUCAAAAUACUGUUCAUUGUGACCCUAAAUAUGUUUUGUUCUGUAAAUAUAAUCGGAGACAUUUUUAUGAACGUAAAAAAACAAAAGCUGCUUGAAAAUUA